GUCAGUGUCAUUCUUACAGGAAUCUGUCUGGUGGUUUCCUGUAAAUCAUGUGACUAGCUCUACCCCUGACAUCAUUCCUCUCUUAAAGGAUGAAAACUACUUUCACUUUUACUCCUAGUCCUGCAGCAGUCCAGCCAUGGCUGUUCUCAGAGAUCUGCUGCUCUUCUACUGUCUGCUCUGGAGGACCACAGGACAGCUGGACGUGGUGGUAGGACCUGAGGAGGACGCCGUGCUGCAGUGUCAGAGUCCUGCUGAGGGGAAGAUCUCGGUGCUGAAGUGGAGCCGACCCAACAGGAACUCUGACGGCUACGUCUACUUCUACCGGAACAACCGCUGCUUCCACAGCUACCAGCAUCCUCGCUUCCACGGCCGAGUGGAGCUGAGACGACCGGACAUGAAGAACGGAGACGCAACCCUGAUCCUGAGGAACGUCACUGAGCAGGACGCCGGGAUCUACGAGUGUUACACGUCUGUGAAGAACCUGGAAAGAAGCAAGAGGUCCUCAGUGGAGACGAGCCAGUUCAUCAACCUGACGGUCACCGGUGAAACACGUCAAACUGCAGAGAAGCUGGAGUUCAUCGUAGAAGAACCUGAAGGAAACCCUCAGGAUGCAGUAACCGUGGGAACCAGUGUCCCCCUGGUCGCUGUUGUUGUUGUUGUUGCUGUUGUUGCUUUUGUUUGUGUUCUAGGAUUUGUGAGUCUCUGGAAAGUAAAAAGACGUAAACAACAGAGUGUUCAAAAUCAUUCAGACUCAGAGGAAGAGUCCAUGUUUCCUGGAAAAGCGUAAAUAAUCAGGGCUGACCAUGAAAAAAUAGGAAAAAGCAGGUGAAAAUAUAAUAUAAAUAAAACAUCUAUGGCACGUGACCCUCUGGAGGCCCGUGGUCCAAAAGUGGUCCUCCAGAGGGUCCAAUCCGGCCCUCAAAGUGUAAAAAUUACAGAGAAGACAUUAACUACAGAUUGUAAAUCAGUAAAACUAUAAAUUUAAAAUCAUUUCUAGACCAUGACAAGUUGUUUGAUCACAAAGUAAAAUACUAGAUUGUUUCUUUGUUCUUUUGUCGUUGUGUCUCCUGUUUGUAAUAUUUUGUCUGUUUUUGUUGUUUUGCAUUUCCUCUUUGUCUCGUUUGUGUUUUCUUGUUUAUUGUUUUGUUGUUUUGUUCAUUUUCUUGUUAUUUUUUUGUCUAGUUUUGUCCAUUUUUCUGUGCUUUUUAAUUUUUUUGCCAUAUUUUCUGUCUCUUUUUUGUUUUGGCUAUUUGUCUCAUUUUUGUAAUAUUUUGUCUUGUUUUUGCUGUUUUUUGUCUUUUAUUUUCUCAUGUUUUGUCAUUUUGUUUCUCAUUUUUGUUGUUUUGUUUCUCGUUUUUGUUGUUUUGUGUUUCCUCUUUGUCUUGCUUGUGUUUUUUGGUCAUUUUUUUGUCGCUUUGUAACUUUUUUGUUGUUUUGUUUUUGUUGUCCUUUUGUCUUUUUGUCAGAUUUUUGUCAUUUUAAUGAGAAAGUAAAAUACUUUAUGGUCUACAGCUUCUAUGAAAUCUGUCUGUGAAACUGUGCACUUUCUUAUCUAUCCCAUACAUGGAUUUUAUUUUAUUGCACUUAUUUAUUCAUCAUCUUAUCAUCAUAGUCAAUGUUCACUUGGAUGUUUUAGUGGGAAACAAAUCCAGCAGUCGUUUUAUGAAGCGAUAAAACACCGUCAUGCUAACUUUGCAUUCUGCCUGUGAGCUUUAACUUGAAUCCUUUCACACAUUUAUUUUGCAUGAGGUUCAAAACAUGUCCAGAAAGACAACAAGAAAGUUUAAUUAAUUAGAAAAUUAUUAUUAUUAAAAAACACGACCACAAGAAUCUGGAAAUCUUUCAAGAUGACUCAAAACUGGUAGAAAAGGAUUCAAAGUUUGGUCCAAAAUGUCCCAAAACGUCUUAAAAAUGAUUCCAAAUUGGUCCACAGUGACCAAGAAAGUUCCUAAAAUGAUGCAAACUUUACUACAGCUGCUGUACUUUUCCCUCAGAAAGAUUCCUGUCUGCACUGAAAAAUGCACCUUCUGCUUAAAUGAACACUGUUUGUGACACUGUGAAGACAACAACAUGAAUGUAUGAAUAAAAUAAGCUCCAUGAUCAUGAA